CUAUAAAAAAAAAAAAAAAAUGGUAGCAACAUUGUAUGACCAAUCAUGGCAUCAGAGUAAACGACUUAACAUGGAGCAAGAAGAAGGCAACCUCGAAAGGCUUCUGAAAUGGGCGGCGGAGUGUGGGAUAUCAGACUCAAAAUGUCGCGGGCUUUCGUGUUUGGGCCACUCUCUCGUCGUCUCCUACUUCCAUGGCGCAGGAGAGGUUUGGGCGCUGCUCGUGAUCUUGAAAAAGGAGAGUUAGUUCUCAAAGUUCCAAAAUGGGCUCUGUUUACAAGGGAAAGUUUGUUGUUGAAAGAUGAUCAACUCUCUGUUGCUGUCAAUGCCCAUAGCUCUCUCUCCUCUACCCAGACAUUGACGGUUUGUUUACUGUACGAAAUGGGUAAAGGGAAGACUUCAUGGUGGCACCCUUACCUGAUCAAUUUGCCGCGCAGUUAUGACAUUAUAGCAACAUUUGGUGAAUUUGAGAAGCAAGCUAUGCAGGUGGACGAUGCUAUCUGGGCUGCUGAUAAGGCCAUUUCCAAGGCUGAGUUUGAGUGGAAAGAGACCAAUGCACUCAUGGAACAACUUAAGCUCAAGCCGCAACUUCGGACAUUUAGGGCAUGGCUUUGGGCUUCUGCAACUGUAUCCUCACGGACGAUGCAUAUACCAUGGGAUGGAGCUGGGUGUUUAUGUCCUGUGGGAGACUUAUUUAAUUAUUCUGCACCUGUAGAAGAAUCUGAUUUUGAAAAUAUGGAGCAUAGAACACAUGACUUGGCCUUACAGGAUAUCUCUACAGUGAACGGGGAAACUUCGUGUAUUCUAGAUAUGGAGCAGCUUGAUUCUGAUUCGGGAAGAUUAACUGAUGGCAGGUUUGAGAACGAUGUUGGGGCAUAUUGCUUCUAUGCGAAGAAAAGUUAUAGAAAAGGAGAGCAGGUGCUUUUGAGCUAUGGAACAUACACAAAUUUGGAGCUUCUUGAGCACUAUGGCUUUCUCUUAAAUGAAAAUCCAAAUGACAAAGUUUUUGUUCCCUUAGAACCAGAAAUAUAUUCCUCUUGUUCAUGGCCUAAGGAGUCCCUAUAUAUCCAUCAAAGUGGAAAGCCCUCUUUUGCUCUACUUUCGGCUCUGCGAUUAUGGGCAACCCCAGCAAACCGGCGAAGAUCUGUUGGACACCUUGCUUAUUCAGGGCUUCAACUCUCAGUUGAAAAUGAGUUAUUUGUUAUGAGAUGGAUUUCAAACAAGUGUAACAGUACUAUGAAGAAUCUGCCAACAACUUUUGAAGAAGAUAGUCUUCUAUUAAGUGUCAUUGACAAAAUCCAAAAUGUUAAUGCCCCUUUGGAGUUUGCAAAUGUUUCAUCUGUAUCAACAGAUGAGAUUUGUACUUUUAGGGCUAAUGUUUUGAAGAAGGGAGAAACAGAUUCCAAAACACUUGUGUCAGGGAAAAUGCAGCGGUCAAGGGAGAGGUGGAAAUUAGCUGUCAAGUGGAGGCUUGGUUAUAAGAAAAUUCUAGUUGAUUGUAUUUCUGUCUGUGAUGAAAUGAUACGUGUUCUAUGUUCUCAAAUAUCUCAUUCCUAAAGCUAAAUUAGAUGUGAUAUUGGCUUUCUUUCUUCGAUCAUGUUAACAGUGAAAACAACCUAUUGACUUGCUCUUUCACUCCAGCCAUCUCACGAUUCUGUUAUGGAAGCUAAUACAGAGGAUGAUCAAGGUAUAUCGCUGGAAAAAUGGUGUGGCAUCCUAAUAUUCCAGCUUCAGCUGUGUGUUUGGAAAGCACGUCAGUCAAUUCUUCCUAAUUUCAUUGUCGCUUUCUAAACAUGUUUGUGUGGAGAGUGUUAUUUGUCCAUUAUAUGCAGAAAAGCCCGAGACUACUCUCCCUCUUUUGUUGCACUUGCUCUUUCACUCAGAAGGUCAUUAGGGCAAAUCCAAAGCUUCCACAGAGUGUUUCUUGAAUUCAAUCACUUUCCAUUCAUUCAAGUCUUGGUUGUUAUACUGCUUUCAAGCAUUGUCAAGGCCCCCAUAAUCUGCUGUUUCUCAUAUGGGGAGAUGGCCUGAUAAGAAUGCUAGAAUUUGGGAGCAUAAAGAAGCUACUGCAGGUGAUAUCGUUUUUCUCUCUAAUGCUUGGCUUCAUGAUUAUCAGGUGAAACCUAAAGCCAUAUACCUUCGUCAAGGCUCAUUGUGUUGGAAAUCUCCAACAGAAGGCUGGCUAAAGGUCAAUUUUAUGGCGAUUUUUCAUCGAAUAAUAGUAUUGGUGGGUUUGGUGUCGUCAGAGGAGACAUGUUAGGUGUCCUUGGCAGUACAUACUUCAAAUUGUCUAGUGUUCAGCUUGGAGCCCUUGCAAUCACAAGUGGUGUAGAGAAGUUGUUCGAUAAGUGCAUGAGAAAAAGAUAUGAAACUGAUUCUCUUCAACUUCAGCAAGUAGUGUAGGUGCCUAUUCAAGUACAACUUCUUUGCCGCCGUCGUCUCUACAACGACAUUGCUCAAGGAUUCGCUAUUCUUCCGGGUGCAUCUAUCAGCUACGGGUUCAUACAGACCAACCAAUUUGACGCGAUAUGUCCUUGUUGAAUGAUAAACAUAAUUGAUGGGGGAUCUAUUCCUGCAUCUUUUCUUUCUAAUGUACAAGAUUAUGCUCCUUUUUGUUGCUGAAAUCCAGCGCUUAGUACCUUGUUUUCCUAAUGUUAGUUGGACUUGGUCCGGCAGGAAAAGCAAAUUUAGCAGCCGACUGUUUUGCUAAGUUAGCUUAAAAGUAACUAUCCAACAGAUAAUGGUUUCUCGAAAA